CCAUGUGGCAGGAGCCGCUCGCCAUACCAGGUGGUGAUCGCCAGUCUCCCAUUGAUAUCGUCGUGCGGAAAAGUGUCUUUGAUUCAAAACUGAAGCCUUUGGUCACAGAGUACGACCCAAAAACCUGCCAACAAAUCUGGAACAACGGUUACUCUUUCCUGGUUGAAUAUGAUGACACCACAGACAAGUCAACACUGAAAGGAGGCCCCCUUCAAGACACAUUCAGGCUCUGUCAGUUCCACUUUCACUGGGGCGAAUGCAACUCCUGGGGCUCUGAACACACGGUGGACAGGAGGCUGUUUCCAGCUGAGCUUCACUUGGUGCACUGGAAUGCAGACAAGUACAGUCUGUUUGAGGAAGCUGUGGUUGAGGACAAUGGACUGGCUGUUUUAGGAGUCUUUCUAAAGAUUGGCAAGAGACAUGAGGGUCUGCAGAAACUAGUAGAUGCCCUGCCAGCGAUCAGACACAAGGGCAGUGUGGUGGAGUUCACUAAGUUUGACCCAGCUUGUCUACUUCCCUCUAAUAUCGAUGAUUAUUGGACCUAUCACGGCUCUCUGACCACCCCUCCUCUCACUGAGGCUGUCACCUGGAUUGUCAUGAAGCAGCACAUCGAAGUCAGCCAUGACCAGCUGGCAGUGUUUCGAAGUCUCCUGUUCACGGCUGCAGAGGAGGAGGUCCAGAAGAGCAUGGUUAAUAACUUCCGGGAGACGCAGCCUCUCCGCGGCCGCACUGUACGCUCCUCCUUUACCCCGUUCCUCAAAGACUCAGCGCUGGACGAGGUGAAGGAGCACAGCCACUAACCCCCUCUUCAAACAUACCACCUCACACGAAGCUGUCUUUACAGCCGUGACCGUACCAAAUCACACAUGUUACAAGCCUUCUUCAGUUUCACUUUUAGAAGACUGUUUUAGUAUGGAGAUGGAGAAUCAGUAUUCAACUGGUCAUUUUUAUCUUGUCAUAACUCCAUUUUUAAGUAGUUUGAGUCAACACAGAGAAAUGCAAAAGAAGCACAAGAGAAACAAUUCACAUUAUUUAAUCACAUUAUUUAAAUACUACCCUUGAACCUGAUUCUCCAUUUUCUUCUGUCAAAUCUUAAUUUUAUCAUUUAACUUUUUACUUUUCUGUAGAUACAAAUAAUAAGGGAUAUACAGCGGGGAAAAUAUAUUUUUAAACACGAUUUUUUUUUUUUUAUAUUUCAUACAGUUAUUAUAGCAGAGAUUAUAGAGAUGGAACAACCACAACCUUUUACAGAAUGAUUUUUCAUUGCUGAAUGAUGAAUUAACUUCACAGCAGUUUUAGUGCAUAUGGUUACUGAGUUUAUAUCCUACUACUCAAGGGAAGAAAAUGCAGUAAUAUAUAUAUAACAUCAUUGAUGUUAUUACCAGAUAGCAAAAAUGUGUUUGACAUCAGUUUUAAUGCCACUGCUCUCAUAACAGGUUUAGUUGUAAAUUUAGAUAAAACAAAGUUCUUUUGUUUAUGCAUUUCUGAGUACCACAUGGCUGCAGAAUAACAGAAUGAAUAGUUUUCUCAUCUCUUUGGUGCUUUCUCACAAUGGCCUCAUAUUAAAGUGCCUUAUGAAAGUGCCAUUGUGUACUUGUGGGACUGUUUUAAGCACCGGUUCACACUUAAAUAUCUUUGCCUGUUCAAAAGAGCCUCACCUUAGAAGAACUGUCUUUGUUAGCUGUAUGAUGUAGGUACUCACACUACGUUCGUCUGAAAAUAAAUAUAUGUAAAUCACUGAAGUGCCUAUGACAGGUUGGACUACACAUUUUGCCAAACAUAAGAUCAUUAUAUUUAAGAUUUGAAUACAAAUUUGACAUUUUCUUCCCCAGUUUGGCAAUUUUUUAGGUUUAAAAUUUGACUUCUGGUUGGAAAUCAUGACUUCACUCUAGGGAAUUCCAUAUCCUUUAAUGUACACAGGGAUUGUUAUUUGACAAAUACAAAUAUAAGAAGCACCUUUUCUUUUGUUGAAAUUAUGUUAAAAGUAUCAGAAAAUGUUGUUUCUUGCGUGUAAAUUGUCCUGAACUUCUGGAUAAAAUUCUUCUUAUAAUUUGAUGCCAUCAGUGUGGGUCUCUACUCUAAUUUUUUUAAGGUUCCUUUCACAAAUUGUUUCUUGAUUGAUCUAAAACUAUCAUUUACAUUUACAAUAGGUAUCAUCCAACCUAAUUAAAUACAAGUUUGAGAAUCGUCAAAACCUGUCAUAUGCAUUUUAAAUAGUUCUGAUUGUUGUGGUAGAGUAGGGUCUGAAGUAUUGGAUGUUGUAUUCUACUCAUUGCCAGUCAUCAUACGCACAAGAGGAGAUGAGAGCAGCUCUGUGAGGGCACUAAAGAUAAGACUUUGUUUAGUCUUCAGUAUAUUAUGCUGACAAAAUAGUACAAGUCUGAAGUACUGAAUGUAGUUCUAUCAUAUAUUGAGUGUACAUAAUCACUUAGAUUUUAAUAUGUGUGUCAUAUUGGCAAUUCUUUAAAAAUGUAUAAAUGAAAUAUGUGUUUAUAGAAAUAAUACUGUUUAUAGGCCUGUCACGAUAACAAAAUUUCAUGUGCUAUAUAUUUCUUAAUCAUAUAUAGACAAUAAACUAUAAUAUUGAAACUAAUUUAUGUCACUGACGAUAAUCCAAGAGCAAAUUUAACCACAAAAAUGAUUUAAAAUCACAAUAGUGGUAGCUGCAAUAAAUAAACAGCACAUUGAAACACUUUAGCACUUUAAUUGCAUCUGUAAUGAGUCAGAGUUUCCAAAGCAGUGAAAAUACAAUGAGCACUUAAUAAAUAUUGACCCCCCCCAAAAUAUGGUUCCUUCUAUUAUAUCUUGAACAAUAAGUUGAUAUAGUAAAUCUCGUGACAGGCCUAACUGUUCAAUGCAGAUUUAGAUCACAAACUGUAAAUGCAUAACCUACUGUAGCUGCUGCAAGGUUUAAAACAACACUGUUACUUGUACUGUGUUUUAUUAAUAAAAUGAGUAAAACUGUAUGUAUAUAUUCCUGAACAGAAGACAAAUAUGCAUGUAUAAGAAUGAGAAGAAGUGCAGGUGUUGUUCCAAGCUCAUGGGCAGCAGAGGUCAUGCUAGUCUUUUGAAUUUCUGAACAACAAUGAAAGAUUCUCUUCUCAAGCCCCUGACCCAUUUGAAACAGUCCACACCCUGAGCCUCUCCCCAGCGGGACCAUUCUGUACGACGAGGCCUCAAGUGAAUACAAAAACUAUAAUGCCUUGAAAAGAAGUGGCAGGUGCAGCAAUGUGACUUUGAACAUUGGAGUGGGGAUAGAUGCCAGUUGAGCUGUAAAAUCAAAUGUAUUUUAUUAAACUGGAAAUAAGGACUCUUCUUUAGAGGUGCACUGUAACUUUUCUAAUAGAGGGCCUGCCACUUACUUGAUGUUAUUGCUUUACCUCCAGUAUUCCAAAUGAUGGCAUUAAACUUUUCAAUCUCAAUUGAAACAAGCAGGGGAUGACACCAAGACAAUUUACAAAUGAGAUUUGUGAAGAGGUGAACUCACAAUAAAAACACAAGUUUUUAGUUUAGGUUUUUUGAGCAAUAAAAAUGCCCAUAAUUGAAUACAUGUAUCUUAUAUAAGUUUAAUUCCAUAUUGUGGAACAUUGAAGGCAAAGCAAUCAAAUCUCCAUUGUAAUGGACCCACAACCUGAGAAGUAAUGCAGUGCAUCUUUAAUAUUAUUUCAAUAAAGUUUUUUUACAGCAACACUUUUUUCUAUAGACCUUUUUUUUUUUUUAUUAAAAUGGAAAUAAGGACCCCUUUAUAAUGUUACUACAGUAAAGGUAUCUUAUAUUUACAGCAACACUUACCUGACAAUUUUUCACUUUCCACUUUCCAGAAGUGCACUGUAUAAUUUUAUGGCUGGGGGUCACCUGUUUGUUUCUAUGGAUGUGCCUUUGCUCUGCCUGGAAUGUUCCACAGUGUGGCUUUCAAUAGCUAUACUUUACAUUUAUUCAAGAUGGUUUUAUAGCUCAAAAAUGCCUAGAAAAACAGGCAUUCUGUUAACGGAUUUGCCUCUCCACAGACCUGACCUGUAAUUUGGCCUGGUUUGGUCUCCAUGAAGAUAGAAAGGUUUAAUACCAUACUGUGAAACCUUCAAGACAAAGCAAUAAUGUCUCCAUGGAGUAAAGUAUUUGACGGACCCUCCACCAGAAAAUUUACACAAUGAACCUUUAAACAAUCGUUAAAAUAUCCAUAUUGUAUAGCAGAUGUACAGUUUAAACACUGUUAUAAAUCAAAAUGUUUUUGCCUCUUUUUUUCAUAUGCCUUUGUUGUGGUCUCAUGCUGUGUGGGUUCUGUGUCCAUCCUGUUCUGGUGUUUUAGCAGGUGUGAGUCCUUGUAAACUGCACCACCUCAAAGCCUUUCCUCAUACAUUUACAUAUAUCGACAUAUUUGAAAGCUGUUUAUUUUUCCUGUGCAGCCUACAUUCCUGACAUGUGAAGCUCAGUUUGGGCCUCUGCUCGUUCACUCGUCCUGGAUUGUUACAGAAAGAUGGUUUGAGUCAGUUUUGCUGCUUUAAGAAUCAUGUUUAUUGAUUUUAAAACACUGUGUAACAUUUGAAAUGCAAAUAAAAUCAUUUAAAAUAA